AUGCCGGACCAUUUAGGUAAUGAUAUGCGAAAGAUCAAAGAUGACAAAGAAGAACCAGAAAAGGAGAUAAAAUCGCUCGAUGAAGGGGAUAUCGCAUUAUUAAAGUCCUAUGGACAAGGUCAGUACACAAAAAUUAUCAAAGAAGUAGAAGACGGUAUUCAAACAGUAAUGAAAAGGGUAAAUGAACUUACUGGUAUAAAGGAGUCAGAUACAGGAUUGGCACCACCAGCUCUUUGGGAUUUGGCUGCAGAUAAACAAACAUUACAAAAUGAGCAACCUUUGCAGGUAGCAAGAUGUACAAAGAUUAUUAAUGCAGACUCCAAUGAUCCUAAAUACAUAAUUAAUGUAAAGCAGUUUGCAAAGUUUGUAGUUGAUCUGGCUGAUUCUGUAGCUCCUACUGAUAUUGAAGAAGGAAUGCGUGUUGGUGUGGAUCGCAAUAAAUAUCAGAUUCAUAUACCGCUGCCACCAAAAAUAGACCCGACAGUCACCAUGAUGCAGGUUGAAGAAAAGCCAGAUGUCACAUACAGUGAUGUUGGAGGUUGUAAGGAACAAAUUGAGAAACUUCGAGAAGUAGUUGAAACUCCACUUUUACAUCCAGAGAAGUUUGUUAAGCUGGGUAUUGAGCCACCAAAGGGUGUACUGCUAUUCGGUCCGCCUGGUACAGGAAAGACGCUAUGUGCUCGGGCUGUAGCUAACCGAACUGAUGCUUGCUUUAUUAGAGUUAUUGGAUCUGAAUUGGUUCAAAAAUAUGUUGGUGAAGGAGCUCGUAUGGUGAGAGAGUUGUUUGAGAUGGCUCGUAGCAAGAAAGCCUGCCUCAUCUUCUUUGAUGAAAUCGACGCUAUCGGAGGUGCUAGGUUUGACGAUGGUGCCGGCGGUGACAACGAAGUUCAGAGAACUAUGUUGGAGCUGAUCAACCAGCUGGAUGGUUUUGACCCACGUGGUAACAUCAAAGUGUUAAUGGCCACGAACCGUCCAGAUACGCUAGACCCAGCCUUAAUGCGUCCCGGGCGUUUAGAUCGUAAAGUGGAGUUUGGUCUGCCAGAUCUUGAAGGCAGAGCGCACAUCUUCCGAAUUCACGCACGUUCUAUGAGCGUUGAACGUGAUAUUCGAUUCGAUUUAUUGGCGAGACUCUGUCCCAACUCCACGGGCGCUGAGAUUCGGUCGGUGUGCACUGAAGCUGGAAUGUUCGCGAUUCGGGCUCGUCGUAAGGUCGCGACCGAGAAAGACUUCCUCGAGGCUGUCAAUAAGGUUAUCAAGAGUUACGCCAAGUUCUCGGCAACACCUCGCUACAUGACCUACAAUUAA